CGGUCCGGUCCAGACCACGCCUGUGCGGUCUGGUUCGGUCUGGUCUAGUCUAGAUAGACCACACUCAAUGAGAAACGAAUAAUUUGUUUAGUCAACCACACAAAAAAUUGAACCAAUAACCAGGAAAAAUAAUUGUUAUUUGUCUUAAAUCAUUAAUCCUAACAUGCAUGAAUAGUUUUGAUACUCUAAAUCUUAGUACAUAACAAAGAUACAAAGUAAAAACAUCCCAACUUGCACCAUAACGUCAUAAGCAUUAACAUAAUGUCAUAUGGAGACACGAUUAUCUAUACUCUCUGGUUAAAUGUGGUUGUGAAUGAAGGAGGGACGAGAUUCACCAAACUAAGGUUGAGACUUGGGUGUCGUUGUGGGAGUUGGGAGCUAGAGUGGUCGAAUGGGCUGUUAACACGUAUUGACAAGUAGUUGGGUCCACGGUUUGGUCCGGUAAACCGCGGUCUAGACCAGACCAGACCAAGAGAUCAAAACAUAAAAUAAUACAGACCAUGGACCAGACCAUACUUAACACUCUACGGUCCGGACCAAACUGUGCGGUACGGUUUGGACCACAAUUUUUCUAACAGUUUGGUCUAUUUUCCAAGCCCUAAGUCCUCCUCCUCCCCGGUGGCCACAAGUAAAGUUUGCAGGCAUGGCCAUUGACCUGACCAUAUCCAUGCAUGCAAGUCAACUUAUCUAGUCAAUAACUAAAACGUUUGUCCGGAAAUAAAACAAAAAAGGAAUUCCGCUGCCGGGACUCGAACCGGGAGUUCCCUUUUGAGGAACGAUUGGUUUGUAUUAAUCAAUUUUUACCAGCUACAGCGGAUUGUUGAUGAAAAUUUGCAAUCAAUGACUAAUAUAAAUUUUUAAGCAGUAAUAAAUGUUUUUGGGUUUCAAGUAACAAUUUUUUCGCUUUUAUUAUUCACAACAAUUAUCAUCUCAUAAAUCUAAAAUAUGAAUUCCGCUCAGCAGAGUAAAUUUUGUUUUUUUUUCUAGUUUAUUUUCGUUGAUUUCCGAGCACAUCAUCAUGAUGAAAAGGGAGAAUAGCAGUUAUCCAAAAAAAGGGAGUAUAUCAACAUUUUUUUUUUGCAAAAAUAAUAAAGUAAAAUAAAACUUUAUUACCAAUUAUAAAGCAAAUAGCCAUUAAAAAUUUUAAAAGUAUUAUUUGUAAUUGUAAUUUGGAUUAAGAAAUACAAUAGUCACUUUCAUUUUAAACAAAGUAACAACCAAACCUUUCAAAAAAAAAUGAUAGUAAAAUUGUUAAAUUUCCAUCCAGUCAUGUAAGCUUCAGUUGACUCAGUUGAAGUGACAAAUUAUGCUGAUGUGCACGAUGAUAUGGAUAUUGCAUUUUGACAUGUCAGCAAAAAUAUAGAACCAAAACAAUUUGAAAACCAAUUCCUUUUAUCUAAUUCAAAAUAAUAGCCAUAUAUUUUAUUUUUGUGCAGAAUAAUAUCAAAAGAUUUUUGAAGUACAACUUAAUACCCAUUUUUCUGCUAAAUUUAGCAUUCGGAGUUAACAAAAUCAACACAAGUCCAACUAUUUCGAUACCUCAACACAAAAUCAAAUAAAACAUUUUUUUUAUUUAAUUUACACUAUAGGUCCAAAAUCUAGGAUUCAUAAAAAAAAACCAACCUAUGUAAAAUUUUUCUUUGAAAUUCUACUUUUAAUCCUUUCUAAGUCUCGUACCAUUAAUCUCUCUCUACAUUUUUAUCGUCUAUUCCUACUACCCGACACCGAAAACCAGUCAUAUUCCGAUUGCAUUCAAUAUUUAAAUUAUUCGAAAUUCGAAACACUUAUUAAAUCAAAUCCGACAUGUGGAUAUUCAUAUCACUCCUCAUGAUAACCAAAUUUUUUUUUGGAUAAGAUUGGUACGAAACUUGAGUCACCUUUAUUUAAUUGUGGAUGCCCAUGACUAUUUCAACAAGGUACGUAUCAGCAUCGCAGUAGUACAAAUAACUAUACCUACGUCCAUGGUUUUUCUUCAACCUAGAAGACAAGUCCAUGGUAUUUAUUAAUUGGCGGUUCCUGCAGCCUGCAGGUUGAUCCAUCCAGUUCCAGCCCCUUAGAGAAGGCAUUAUAAACCCACAGAAACGGAUCAGAAGGUGGAAAAGGUGGCCGGCGGCUGGAAUCCGAUGGCUCAACUCAAACCAAAAAAAAAUUAUACAUAUUACUAUAUUGUCUCUGAAACUAACGAAAAGAAAGAAGAAAACAACAACAACAAACCAACUCCAAAUUCGAAGGGAUAAGGCUCCUGCAGUUAGCUACUGUGCAUAGAAAGACGAGAAACCUUAUCCUCGACAACAUCAACAUCAUUAACCCAACCUUAUCAUUAGUUGUUUUUUUUUUCUCUUCCAAAAUACCAUAUGAAAAGUUAUAAUUGGUUAAGGCUACAUACUAUUUUGUUUUUAAUGAUUAAUGCUACAUAGUACAUACUAUGGCAAAAAAGAAUCCUAUGGCAAAACAGGAAAAUGUUAAAUCAUAUAAUCAUAAUUUGUGAAAUCGUACCAGAUUUAUUGUUACGUAGUGAUACAAUCGUGAUUUGAUCAAUAAUGAUAUUAAAUAAUUAAUAAAUAUAUGUACAAUCGUACCAGAUUUAUUGUUAUACAAUCGUGAUUUGAUCAGUACUAACAUUAAACAUUUGAUCACAAUAUAUUGAUAUACUAUCAACAGAAAUCAACAAAAAAAUGUUCGAUAACAUCGGAUAAAUAGUUUCGUCGGUAAAAUAGUUGUAUGUAUAUCAGAUGAUUUGAUCACCAAUACAAUAAAAUACAAGUAUCUAUAUAUCCAUUAUACAUAAAAAAAAAUUAUUAUCAAUCUGAUAUAGGCAUUUUUUUUGUCUUGAUUUGGUAUGGUGGUAAUAGUAUAAAUCAGAAGACAAGUAUAAAUAUUAGUUUAAUUCAAUGGAAGAAAUGUAAAAAAUGCAAUAAAAAAUAUAAAUUAGCAUUAUCCAUAUACAUAGUUGGCCAAAUUGGGCUAAAAUUCUAUCAGAAAAAAUUGUAAUUGAAGUGUUACCAAUUUUGAUGACAUCCACUACUAUCACUUUUCACCAUCCUUGAUCCUUUUCCAUUCCCAUUAUUACUCCCCUAUACAACCUUAUAAAUAGCCCAAAAAUGUCCACUUCUUACUUCUCCCUUUCACACUUCCCCCUACCAACCCACCAAAACAACCAUCAUUUUUCACUUUUGGCCUUAAAUUUACCACAAACACACAGUCAUGUUGGCCAUAUUCCACAAAGCCUGCGCCCACCCGCCGGAGGAACUCAACUCCCCGUCGUCGAUCAAAAAUAAGGCCAAGAAGCUGCCGGAGGAGACGCUGACCGACUUCCUCUCCCGCAACCCGCACAACUCCUCCUCCAUCUCCUUCGGCAAGUCGGCCGCCGCACUCGCCUACGUCCGGCCCGACAGCGUCCUGUCCCUCCGCCAGCAGCGGCUGUUCUGCGGCGUCGACGACAUCUACUGCCUCUUCCUCGGAAGCUUGAACAACCUGUGCAGCCUCAACCGCCAGUACGGACUCGCCAGCAAGUGCAGCAACGAGGCCAUGCUCGUCAUCGAGGCCUACCGCACCCUCCGCGACCGUGGGCCUUACCCCGCCGACCAGGUCGUCAAGGAUCUCGACGGCACCUUCGCCUUCGUCAUCUACGACAGCAAAAACGGCACCGUCUUCGUCGCCCUGGGCUCGGACGGCGGGGUGAAGCUGUACUGGGGAAUCGCGGCGGACGGGUCGGUCGUUAUCUGCGACGACUUGGAGGUGAUCAAAGCCGGGUGCGCGAAGUCGUUCGCGCCGUUCCCGUCGGGGUUCAUGUUCCACAGCGAAGGCGGGCUGAUGAGCUUCGAGCAUCCGAUGCACAAGGUAAGGGCGAUGCCGAGGACGGACAGCGAAGGAGUGCUGUGCGGUGCCACUUUCAAAGUGGAUUUGUAUCAGCGGAUCAACAGCCUGCCCAGAAACGGCAGUGCCGCUAAUUGGACCGAAUGGGACUCCCACUCCUGAUAAUUGAGAUCAGACCGCCGCUUCCCCGAUUCCCGCCGCUUGCCUCCAAUAAUUGAUUUCCUCGGCUGCUUGUGCUGUCUUUUACCUUUCUCCUGAUAAUAAAUUGGUUUUGGCCUGUGACGUGUGAAUAUUGACAAACCGAUUUGUGAAAUUACUGAUGAGAAGUUUUGUUUUAUCUUUGGUAGAUUAUGUGCUCUUUUCAAAGAUGUGCUAAUGGAUUGGUUCAUCAAUAUAUGAUGGUGGCAAUUUGAAUCGGUUCGUCGAGUACUAUUGAUUCGUAAUAUCUUGAAUAAGGGUGGGCAAUGGGUUGGUUAAUAUGGAUCACUUUGGACGUACCGAUGUUUGCGGACCACUCCGAAUCGAAUAUAAUGUUCAUGGUUUC